UUGCUCGGCCAAGGAAAAAAAUUAAUAAACAGAAAACUUUCCACACUUUCCCAGCAAAACGCCACUCAAAAGACCAUGAUAAAACUAUCUCACUCCCUCACACACCAUUUUUCCUCCAAACCAAACAUGAACCUCCUCCCCCUCCUCCUCCUCCUCUCUCUCGUCCCUCCCUCUCUCUCCCAACCCACUUCCCAGCUCGCCAUCCUCAUGUCCAUCAAAUCCUCCCUCGACCCAAAUGGCCAGUACCUCUCCUCCUGGUCCCCAACCUCCACCGCCGCCGGCACCGGCGCUUCCGCCGCCCCAUGCGGCGGCGCAUUCGAAGGAAUCGCCUGCAAUGACCAGGGUCGUGUUGUGAACAUUUCCCUCCAGGGAAAAGGGUUGGCCGGAAAGAUACCGCCGGAGAUUGGGCAGCUGGAGAGCUUAUCUGGGUUGUUCUUGCAUUUCAAUCAGCUUACUGGAGUUUUACCCAAGGAGAUAGCGAAUCUCAAUGAGCUGUCUGAGUUGUACCUCGAUGUGAAUAAUUUUAACGGGGAAAUACCUCCCGAGAUUGGGAAUAUGUCUAAUCUACAAGUUUUGCAACUCUGUUACAACAAGUUGAGCGGAAGCAUUCCAACUCAGCUAGGGUCUCUGAAGAAGCUUAGUGUUCUGGCUCUACAAUACAAUUUACUAAGUGGAGCGAUUCCUGCAAGUUUGGGGGACUUGACAUUUCUAAAAAGGUUGGAUCUAAGUGAUAAUCGCCUCUUUGGUUCAAUCCCAACAAAAUUGGCCAACCCUCCAAUGCUAGAAGUUCUGGAUGUCCGAAAUAAUACUCUAUCUGGCAACGUCCCAACAGCUUUGAAGAGAUUAAACCAAGGGUUCCUGUACUCAAACAACACGGGCUUAUGUGGGGUUGGUUUUUCUACCUUGGAAGUUUGUUCUUCUCUAACCCCAAGCAAGCCUGAACCAUUUGGACCCGGCUCAAGCAGUCUUCCUAAAAAGGACAUCCCAGAGUCGGCAAACUUCAAUUCAAAUUGCACUCAAACUGGUUGUUCAAAUAAGUUUACAAUGCCACGAAUUGCUCUCAUAUGUGGAGCAAUUGGAGCAACAGUCGCAGUGUCAAUUAGUGCACUUCUCACAUUCUUAUGGUACCGUCGUAGGAAACAGAAAAUCGGAAGCGCUUUUGAUACUUCCGAUAGUCGACUCAGUACUGAUCAAGUCAAGGAGGUUUGCAGCAGGAGAAGUGCAUCUCCCCUCAUAUCUCUCGAAUAUUCCAAUGGGUGGGACCCAAUGGCUAAAGGUUGGAACGGAAGCGGGUACUCUCAAGAAGUUUUGGAGAGCUUUAUGUUUAAUCUAGAAGAUGUGGAGUCCGCUACCCAGUACUUCUCAGAAGUUAACCUGCUGGGGAAGAGUAGUUUCUCAGCUAUCUACAAAGGGUUGUUGAGGGAUGGUUCUGUUGUUGCUAUAAAGUGCAUUGCGAAGAGUAGUUGUAAGUCUGAUGAAUCUCAGUUCUUGAAGGGAUUGAAGAUCCUGACCUCAUUGAAACAUGAAAAUCUUCUUCGGUUGAGAGGGUUUUGCUGUUCGAAAGGAAGGGGAGAGUGUUUUCUCAUCUACGAUUUUGUCUCAAACGGUAACUUGUUGCAGUAUCUUGACGUGAAGGCUAGCAGUGGGAAAGUUCUUGAAUGGUCUACUAGAGUUUCUAUCAUCCAAGGCAUUGCGAAAGGCAUAGAAUAUUUACAUGGGAAAAAAGGAAACAAACUUGCCCUUGUUCACCAAAACAUAUCUGCUGAGAAAGUGCUUAUCGGUGAACGGUACAACCCGUUACUUUCCGACUCGGGCCUACACAAACUCCUUGCGGAUGACAUUAUCUUCUCCACUCUCAAAGCUAGCGCGGCAAUGGGGUACUUGGCCCCUGAAUACACUACCACCGGCCGGUUCACUGAAAAGAGCGAUGUCUACGCAUUUGGGAUGAUUAUGUUUCAGGUCCUCUCUGGAAAAUGCAAGGUUUCCCAGUCAACCCGGCAAGGGGCCGAAACAUGCAAAUUUGAAGACUUCAUCGAUUCAAAUCUUAACGGGAACUUUUCUGAAUCCGAAGCGGCUACGAUGGGGAAGAUUGCUACUCUUUGCACCCAUGAAUCUCCCGAAAGCAGACCAGCCAUUGAUAAUGUGAUGGAAGAACUGAGUGAACUAAGCAUUUGCUGAAUUCUCUAAUGGAGUUAUAGCUCAUUAUCACCAACUUCUUGGUGGUGUUGAAGCUACAAGUUAGUUUGGUCUUCUAAAAAAUGCUUUGUCCUUGCUUUGAGGACUGAAAUUGUGCAUUUGGUAAGUAUUUUGAGUUAUUUUAGACUGUAGGUAGAGAGGGCGGGUCCUGGAAUUAUGCAGUAUAUGGGAUUUUGCCCUUGAAUGUUUUUAUCACUGAUCUUCAGCUAAUUGAUAGGGCAGGUUUCCUAUACUCGUAACUUGUCUCAUUAAGGUUAUUUGUACCCUUCUCCUUGUUUUUAGGCCAAAAUCAGUACUUUAUUCCCUUUAUAGCAAAUGUAGAAUGUAAAUGAGUAUUUGUUUCCUAA